UUCGCUGGAGAAGGAAACAAGAACGCAGUCUCCACCAAUGAAAGGAGAAGAAGUACCACAGAGUGUAGGCAGUUUGCCAAGUGAGCUCGGCAGCGUGACGGAGCUGCAUUGAGUUUCUUUAAUGAAAGCCAGGAAAGAACACAUUACACAGUGUUUCUUCAGAGAGCUAAGCUAGCCUCCAGUGAUUGAAAUCAAUAAAAACAGUCGGCAAGGGGCCCAAGUGGGGGGAGAACCAAAUCUACACUCCAGCACUCAGUUUGCUUUCCAUUUCCCCCCCUUUCUUCAGAAGUCAAACUUUGAAAAACUCCAUGCUACUCCUUGCAGGACUCCAAAGGUUUUUUCAAAAUUAUUUUUGGUCCAGGGGCCUGGCGAGUGGACAGCCGCUUUAAGCUUCCUUCCAACUCACCCCCUCCAUUCUCUUUUACAGCGUGGGCAGCAAUGAAAGGAUUGUUUUGAACGUGAAACCUGCUGAGAAGGACACCUCCGGACAAGUGCCUGAUCUUACGCCUUGGGGGUGGGGUGGGGGGCAGAGAGGAUGAAACCUGUAACAGAAAAACGUGUAAAGAAAUGAAAAAGGAAGUGAAACAUGGAAUUUUGUUCAGAAGAAAGCUCUCUGUCUGGAUAGCAUGUCAGCUGCUGUUGUGGCGAAUUCUGAAGCUGCUGAAGAGACAGCCUUGAAGGGGGGUGAUUCCAUACUAAAGCAGAAAAACCUGAGAAUUCAUGUUCAUUUAAGAGUUCAGGAUCAAUCUCGGAAUUGAGACACCGGAGCUUUUGCUGAACUUACUCUGAGAAAGUUCCAAUUUGAGGAGCAAAAUGUUUCUGCCUGCUGUCAAGAAGCCUACAUACUUCACUCUGAGGCAAGGUAGUGCAUACCAGGAAAGCUGGUGACCAGCCGAGAAGACAUACACGUUAAGGUCACUAUGUGGAACUGCGAAUCUUUCAAUGGUACCAAAAACGUAGAGGACCAGCAUCUUUGCCAUGAUUUCCAUCUUGUACUUUCCAUUUUUUCAUUGCUCUACCUCAUCAUCUGUUUCCCAAUUGGCCUGUGUUAUAAUGCCCUACUGGUGCUAGUCAACCUAUACAAUAAAGCAACAAUGACCAUGCCAGAUGUUUACUUUGUCAAUAUUGCAAUUGCUGGCCUCAUCAUCAACGCUAUUGCACCAAUGUACCUCCUAGGACCUGCCAGUACAAAAUGGGCCAUCUGGAGUUUCAACAAUGAAGUCUACAUUACCUUGCUUAUCUUGUUCAAUGUAUCGUCUCUGGUUAUCAUGUAUUCUACCACACUGCUCAGCCUGGACUACUACAUUGAACGAGCUUUGCCAAGAACUUACAUGUCUAGUGUAUACAACACAAAGCAUGUGUGUGGAUUUAUUUGGGGAGGUGCUAUGCUUACCAGCUUUUCAUCUCUUCUGUUUUAUGUCUGCAACCAUGUCUCCACUAAAAUAAUAGAAUGCUCCAAAAUGCAGAACAAAGAAGCAGCAGAUGCCAUCAUGGUUUUUAUUGGAUACGUCGUACCAGCCAUUGCUGUGCUAUAUGCGCUUGUGUUAAUUCUGCGAAUACGCAAAGAGGCAACACCGCUGGACCAAGACACUGGAAGAUUAGAUCCAUCAGUACACAGGCUUUUGAUUGCUACUGUUUGUACACAGUUCACAUUGUGGACACCUUAUUAUGUAACUCUUCUAGUAAACACAUUAACUAGUAUGCAAGGAAAAGUCACGGAUGAAAAUUACACUAGAGUAUUACAUUUUACCAAGGGACUGUCAAAAUUUUUGGCUUUUUCAAGCAGUUUUGUCAUGCCUCUACUUUACCGAUACAUCAACAAAAACUUUCCAAUCAAAUUGCGAAGGCUGCUUAAAAAACUGCACUGUGGAAAUCAAGGAUGCUCUCAUGAACGCACGGUUGUUCAGCAAGUUAUAACGUAGGUAUGAAUGAAUGCCGGUCGGCCAGAACCUAGUUUGCAAAGCUUAUUCUCCAUGUUUCUCUUUUGUGCAGGUCACCUAGCAAGGAUGAUAGGAAAGGGGGUUUACACUGUAAAUCAGGAGCUCAGUUUUAAACUAUACAGGUAAUGAAGAUG